UGAAAUGUCAUUUUUUUCAAAAUGCAUCCUGCCAAAUAAAAAGAACAAUAAUUUGUUUAUUAUUUUCGAGUUUCAUCGAAAUAAAUGAAAAAUAAAAUAAAAUUAUUUACAUAAACGAGUUAAAUCUUUUUUAAAUAAAAGAAAUGGCAAGCAGCUAUGAAAUUCCUAGUUGGGCCGGGAAGCCACCAACUGGAUUGCAUUUAGAUGUUUUAAAAGAUGAGAAAUUAGUUCAAAAGCUAAUGGUUGACGAAAAGAAAUGCUAUUUAUUUGGACGUAAUGCUCAAAUGAAUGAUUUUUGUAUUGACCAUGCAUCAUGCUCUCGAGUACAUGCAGCGUUUGUGUAUCACAAACACUUGAAUAUAGCCUAUUUAGUUGAUUUGGGAUCAACUCAUGGCACAUAUAUCGGAACAUUGCGUUUGGAACCGAAUAAACCAACGCAACUACAAAUAAAAAUGACGUUUCAUUUUGGAGCAUCAACGCGACAAUAUAUUCUUAGAGAAAGACCAUCUGCCGGUCACAGGUCUAGUAUUAUUGAAGAUCUUCCACUGAAUGAAUCUAGUGAUGGAGCUUUGCUGGGCUUGCCUGAAAGUCAAACGGAAUUAGACAACCUUACCGAAUAUAACACUGCUCACAAUCGAAGAAUAUCUAUGCUGGGCAUCACUGACGACAGUCUUCGGAAGAGUGCAAAUAAAUCUCAAAGAAAACGUCGCAGCGUUACUUUUAAUGAAGAAGAAAUCAUCAUCAAUCCCGAAGAUGUUGAUCCAAAUGUUGGUCGUUUUCGUAAUCUUGUUCAAACGACGGUUGUGCCAAGCAAACGUAUGCGCUUCGAACCCAAUCAAAUAGGAAUAUCUGCAAGUCAUGUCAAUCAUAUGAAUUCAAAUGAUAUGAAACACAUGCAUCCGACAUCAAGUACACCACAACUUUAUCAAGAUCUUCCCGAGGCUCACGAUCAGAGUUCGAAUCGUUUGAAUGCCGGAAAUGACUUUGACAUAACACCAAUUGCAAUGGGUACGAAAUUAGGUCUAUUGCUACCAAAUCCAGCUCCAGAUGUAACACCUACCAUUGCUGAACCAGCGAUUUCUAAAGGAAAACUACCCUUUCCAUCUGGAGGAAAUGUGCAACGCUAUGAAGAUCAUUCAGUGCUGGAGAACAGCAAUGAACCUCAAAAGAAAAAAUACGCCAAGGAAGCAUGGCCAGGCCGAAAACCAAUGCUUGGACCGCUUUAAUAAUAUUUUGUGUAAAGUUAUAAUUGUGUUCUUUUUCUUUCUGGAUUUAUUGUGUAACUUUUGUUUGAAUAAAAUACGCAAUAAGCUUUGAAUAUGGAUAA